GGCGUGGGGAAGAAUAAAAUAGUGGACCGAUUUCUGCACCUUCUGAACAGGCCCAGAGAAUACCUGCAGCUCCACAGAGACACGACGGUCCAGACUCUGACGCUGCAGCCUUCGGUCCGAGACGGCAUCAUCAUGUACGAGGACUCUCCUCUGGUGAAGGCAGUGAAACAUGGAAACAUACUAGUGAUCGACGAGGCCGACAAAGCUCCCACUAAUGUCACCUGCAUCCUCAAAACCCUGGUGGAGAGCGGAGAGAUGAUCCUGGCUGAUGGACGCAGGAUCAUCUCGGAUCCAUGUGAGGCUGAAGGGAGGACCAACACCAUCGUCAUGCACCCAGACUUCAGGAUGUUGGUCCUGGCUAACCGACCUGGUUUCCCUUUCCUGGGCAAUGACUUUUUUGGAGCUCUAGGUGAUAUUUUUAGCUGCCAUGCAGUGGACAAUCCAAAACCCCAGGCAGAGCUGGCAAUGCUGAAACAGUACGGCCCCGACGUUCCCGAUGCUACGCUGCAGAAACUGGUGGCUGCCUUUGGAGAGUUGCGGUCGAUGGCCGACCAGGGCACCAUCACCUACCCCUACUCCACCCGCGAGGUGGUCAACAUCGUCAAACACCUCCAGGUAUAAAGAUUAACGAAAACAUGCACACACGAUACAACA